UUACGGCACGAAAUCCGACGCGCCGUGCGGUAAGGCUGUAGGAUUUCGGUUAGCCAAAGUAAGUCGUCGACGCGACAGCCUCUUUCGCUGCUUGGGCUCAGUUGGGACGUAAUGAAAGACAUCACGUCCAAAAGUUUAGCAUGCUAGAACGCAUGUGGCCAGAAGGCCCGCAACGCAAGAUGUGUUUGCCACUUUAGUUCCCGCUUGCGCGCAGUGUGCAUCUUGUGUAAUGUUUGCACACAGUGUGCGUCGCUGCCAGUCCCGGUUAAACUGUUCUCAGCUAUUUAUUCGUCAUCUUCGGUCGGAAGCCCCUGAGUGUUGCGAAGCCGCCUCCGAAAUCCGACGCGUGAGCGGUAAGGGGACGACCUUCGUGCCUCUAAAACUUCGCGCCUUUUCCUUCGUUCCAGGAUUGGUUUUACAUGGAUUCCGGGCGGAUAAGCUGGAUAAGAUGACUUAUCCGACGCAGUGCAUCUGCUGGAUAGGGUUCAUGAUCAACGCCAUCAAGAUGCGGAUUUACGUGGACCCAGAACAACGCGAAAAGUAUAUUGCAGCAUUAGAAAAUGCUUGCAAGAGGCCGCGAACGGAUUAUCAACGAACGCAAAAGAUCUGGCGUCGAUAGUAGGAAAGUUGAACUUCAUCUCCUUUGUUGUCUCGGCUGGGCGCGCAUUUCUGCGGAACGCUUACGACUUGCUUGGGGAUUCGGGGGCUAUCGCUGCAUGGACCAAAGGACGCAAGUCUUUCAGUCCAUCUCCCCAGCUCUCCGCUGCGGUCAUAGCAGAUUUUUCUUGGUGGCUUCAAGUCCUCAAAGACGAUCCUUUUAUCCCCAUCUUUUCCACGACCGAGGGCUUAUCUUUCCUGUUUACUCCGGAAUUGCUUGAUCAUCCCGAAAUCUUCCAAGAUAUUGAUCCCGCCUCUUUCAUGAUCGUCACAAGUGAUGCUAGCGGGUUUCAUUGGGGGCUGACGGCGGACGGGGACGAAGUGCGGCACGAGGGCGACUUCAGCGAAGAAAUCGACCAAAGACACUCCAACAAAAGGGAUCUGACCACAGUCGCAGAAUGGCUAAAAAAAUACGGCGAACGUUUUGCGGGCAGAAUUAUCCUUCUGCGGACAGACAAUACCAGUGCCAUGCACUACAUCAACUUUGGGACCGGGCGGAAACAGUGGCUCGCAGAAAAAGCCAAGGCCAUCAAGUUGAUGCAAAACAGGUUGGGAAUAAAAAUGCUGGCGCAACAUGUGCGGGGCAAGCAUAAUGUGAUAGCAGACGCGAUCAGCCGACUACAGCUCAGCAGUACGCUGUACGACCAGAACCCGAGCAAACGACUAAAACCAGAAGCGUUGUCGUCGGUAUGCUCAAGGCUGAAAAUCACGCCAACAGUGGACGCGAUGCGUGAUCGUGAGGGUCACAGCAGACUGGUGGAUUAUUUCAAAAACCACAUCACGGACGCGUACCAGACCACAGACCACGAAAUGGCGCUGGAAUUGAGUUGGUGGCAUCCAGGCAGCUUUGCAAUUAUGCCGGUCCUCAAGAAAUUGGUGGACUACAUGAAAGUCCCGGAAGCACAGCGCCCCCGGGCGUUGGUUUUAGUUCCAAAAUACAAAAGCAGGCUUGCUUAUUUGCAUUCGAAGUUUCACACGGUGAGCAGAUUCCAGAAGAAUAAAUCGAUAUUCCAAGUAUGGAAAGGAGCAAGCUGGGUAGACCUACCGCCAACAGACGACACCUAUCUGGUGCUGAGCACAGUGCCAGCGCAAAGUCUGCAGACAAAGUGCGAAGGGUACUCGGAAAGUACCUUGGCACUGUUGGAGAAGCCGAAGAGAAAAGCAAGCCAGAAAGUAAAGCCGGAAAGAGUGCCGCUGGUGCAUGUGCGGGGAUCAAUUCUAGCAGACAACAUGAAUGUGAUCGCGCACCAGACAAACUGCCUGACCAUAGGAAAAGCGGAAGGUAUAGCGAAGAAGAUACUUUUCAAAUAUCCACCAGCAAACACGUGCGCGAAGUCCUACAAAAGAGUCCCGGGCACGGCGGAUCUGCGAAAGGUUUCAACCCGUGCAAGCAAGUUAGUAGCAAACUUGUAUGGCCAACACAAGCCAGGGCUACCGCCGAAGAACCAGCAGGGUAAUGCGGAAACGCAGGCAAAGCGGUUGGCGUGGUUCCAACAGGCGCUCGGCGAUUUCUUUGAAAAAUUGAAACAUCGACUCCCGAACGAAGAAGCUACAGCCAUCAUCGGUUUCCCCGCGCGCAUAGGAUGCUGUCGCGCUGGCGGCAACUGGAGCGAUUAUCUAGCAAAACUAGAAUCGUUCGCGGUUAGAGUGUCUCGCACCUGGAAAAAUGGUUUGGCCAAAAUCUUCGACUUUGCUGAGGACAACUAA